AUGAUCAGAUUGAAAUUGACCAUAUCUUUGGUCUUACUGUCAUAUUUUCCAAUUGCAAUAUCACAAAAUCCAGGGAAUGUGGGGCCAAAUGAAGCCCCUGGACUGUUCACUGGUACCGGAACAAAUGCUUAUUAUGGAGGUAAGAGCAUUUUGGACUGUAUCUUACAUGAAAAAUAUGUUAUUUACGUUGAGCAUUUAUGUAAAUUCGGGUUUUGAGACUUUGUCUCCACUAUAUUUAAUAUCGUUUCAGUGAAUCUGGUGCCUUUUGGUCCUGAACAUGGCGAUUUGGAGGUGGUGCCGGGCAUGCUGACCUCAGGGCAGACCAUUGAUCUCCACCAUUUCUUCCCGUUCUAUGGAGGAUGGUACAAUUACACAAUCGUAAGUUAAAUCAUCAAAGACUUAUCUAAAUUUUUCCGGAAAGGAUUUAAAAAAACUGUUGCAAAUUGCUUAACUUGUAAUAUAUUUUUAUAUUAUCCAUGAUUUCAGAUUUCCGUCAAUGGAUAUUUGGCCUUUGCCACUGUCCUGGACCAAGGUCCGACCAUCAAUAUUGGCCCCGACAGUACGGAUUGGCCCCGUGUCCAAGAUCCGGCCAUGAUUGCGCCCUAUCUUUGCAAGCAGCAGAUCACUCAGGACGCGAUCCCCGGCCUCCGAACUGGAGUCUUCUUCCGCUUGAUUCGCCGCCAAUCUCUGCAUGGUCGUGGCGGUCCUGGCGGUCUUGGUCCUGAUGGGACCAUCCAGCAAUCCGCCUUCUUCGGGGCCGGCCCCUCUCGUCCGUGUCCCAAUGUGGACGGGGCUUAUGUCAGAUGUGAUGCGAACUCGGACUUCUUCUUGGACGAGAUGAUGCGCUGGCUUCAAGAGGGAGUGGCCGGGGCCACGGCCUUCCGCGCCGACACUGCGUUGGUGGUUACCUGGUACAACACAGCGUCGGCGGUGUCGGGACGGUCUGAUUUGGAUGCGGGACAGCUGAGCACGUAUCAAGUGGUCUGGCUGAGCGACAACCCGGGAAGAUUGAGUUAUGUCAUAUUGAAUUAUGAGAAGCUCGGGUUCGAUGCAGCCGAUUUCAGGGCCAAUUCGAGGAGUGGAAGGUGUAGGGUAAGUGGAGUUGAGAUCAGAAAUUAUAUUACGCUUGAAAAUGAAAGUUGUCCAGGUUUGAUUAAACUUUGAGGAAACUUUUUGGUAAAUUUGGGGAUUUUUUUGCAAUUUCAAAAUUAUUUUAUUGAAAAUAAAGAAUACGAUCUCAUCAAAAAUCUGUUUCAGGCUCUCUUCAACGGCGGAAAUCACACCGGUUUUGUUGAUGUAGACCCAACACAGAUGUACAAAAACACUCCAAAAGUGUUGGCCGAGAGAUCCGCCGUCCCUCACAUGGUGAGAGGACGGUACAUGUUCCGAGUUGAUGAUGUUGUGAGACCGGGAGGCUGCUCCAACAAGACCGGAGGCACUUAUCCCAUGUUGAUUUACCCGAACAUCGUCAACAUGUUGGGUGAAAUGACGAUCGACAUCAAUGCCAUGUGUCUGGAUCCCGGACAAACCUAUAUUUUGAUGAUAGAACAGCGUAUGGUAAGGGGUUUUGGCGUGGUUACAUUGUAGUAGAUGGGGGUGGUAGUAAUUGUAAUCAUUUGUAUUUUUAGUCAGCCACUUGCACCGUGCUGAAUCCGAGUAUUGCCAGAUGUACGGUGCCCAGGAUUUAUGAUUGGGGAACCAAGACUUUGUACUUCCAACCGCAGCAGAACAAAGCCAAUGAUGAGAAAGCCUAUGUGGGAUACGUGUAUUUUGGUAGGUUGACAUUGUUUUAGACAGCUGUUGUCAUGCCACCCUGACGUAUCUAAUUUCAUUGACAAUAUAAAUUUUGACAUUCUAACUAUCAAACAUACCGUAAUAUCUCUUCAUUCAGUUCCUCCAACCCUCGAUCCAAUGCGUCUCGAUAUUGGAAACAUCUAUGAUUGGUUCAAGAAUCCGCUCCCUUUCCAAGUAAUGCCCAUUUCUUGGUAUCCCCGAAACUUCACAAAUCCCGAUCUCUACACCACUGGCCAAAGGGAUAUUCGGUUCCGAAUUUCGGACGACACCAUCUACUCUGUUCAGCUGGGUCUCUAUGUUAUCGGCUAUAAAGAGUUCAAGGACGAUCAGUUGAAGAAAUUCCGGCCGGAACAUCGGGUCCUCUGCAGACUGGCCACCUACUCCAACAGAAAUGACUUGGACCAUCGAUUUAACCCUCAAGAAGAGGCGAUUAAUCUUUAUCAAGUGGAGCAGUGGUAUUUGACGGAUUGGGAGAGGAUGUAUGAACUGUAUUCUUAUCGAUUUGGAUAUCUGAAAUUGGCUCCCAUCAGAGCCAAUGAGCCGACUCCGCCCUCGCUGAUUUCUGGGUAGGUUGGGAGGAAUGGAUUGGGCUGAAAGUUGGCGUAGUAAAUCGUUACGCUAAUAUUUUGAUUGCAGCCUUGUCUCCGCUCCGAUUUCCCUCCAUUUCCUCUGGACCAUGAACAAUCCCAUGUACGAGACCACCACAUUUUCCUAUUCUGAAGCCGAAGUUCGUGAGAGGUUUGUGGAACAGAAGGCCCGAGAAAUGUGCCAUGAUUGGUACGAUGAAGACGGAGCUCAAUGGAACUUCCUCCGCGAGGUCGAGACCAACGCAUCGUGUCCGUGUACGGAGACUCAGGCCCGCCUGGAUUUGGGGAGAUUUAUGCCCCAUCCUCGGUGUUCGCAGGCCUUCCGCGAUAUCACUUGUACGGAGAUGAUUGGUGCCGAGAAUUGUUAUAUGAGUGCUCAGAAUGUUUAUGGGUCCUCGACAACGAGUAGUCGAACAAGAGACGACCAUAUGAAGUAGGUUGGGAAAGAUUUUAAAUUGAUUUAUGUCACACUUGGUGGGGAUUUAAAAUGGGAAUUUCUUAGAAAAAUUCAGUAGAAUUUACUAUUUGAGAUAUUUGAUUAUGUUGGCUAUUACUGUAGUAUAUACUGUAACAUUUUUUGAUUGAAAAUUUUUCAAAUUUCAGUCGCUACGCCACCCAUUACGGCCAGGUCUGCUGUUAUGACGCCGAGGGUUUCCUGCAACAAACCACGUAUCAGCCAGUGAUCAAAGUCGUCGAGAAUAUGCAUUACAAUCCGGGCUUUCCCCUGCGGGCCUAUGAGUUCGGUUCUUCUCCUUAUUUGGGCCAAUUCGAGGUCCCCGGUCUCUCCGCCUUCCACCACGACUACAUGCCCUAUCAUUUGUGUUGCAAGUUCGCCAAAUUCCGUUGUCAAAUGUUCUACUGGCGUCGUCCCUCUUCGGCCUGUCAACAAUACCAGCCAUCGGCUGUCGGUUAUGGGCUGGGUGCUGGGACUUUCAGCACCAUCGACAAUCAGAAAUUCAUCUUUAGUGAACCCGGAGUUUACACUUUACUGUACAUCCCGAAGACGGUCCAUAAUCCAGAAGUGAGGAUUCAAGUCCGAUUGGAGAGAUACCCCAACAGAAAAGUGGACUUCAGUAAGUUUUAUAUUGCUAUCAAGGUACCUCAAGUACAACAUACAGAUCUUGACACCGAAAAAAUUCUACGGACUGUGUUUUAGGUUUGCUCGGCCGCUACAUGUCUCAAGCUGACCUUGUCCAGCCCACCAAUGGCACAGUCAUCACCGGAGUCGCCAUCGAAGCCUCGGGCACCGACCGAGUCCACGUGACCGCCCGAGGCGAUACUCGAAGGUUCAGAUACCGCACGAAUAUUAUCGUCGGAAAUCUUCUCCGCUACUUCGAUACGAUGAGAUUACAACGAUUUAAAGGAGUUCUGAUAUAUGUGAACAAUGUGGAAAGAGGUCAGCCCGAGAUUUAUGUUGUACUUGAGGAGGCUGAGAUUGGAAUUCGAAUCCGAGAAAGUUAUGCGUUGGAUAUUGAUAGAUUGUCUAUGUACCAAGAGAGUAUGGGAAUUCUGGAUGUUCAGGUUGGUGGAAUUUUGACUCAAUUCCCUUGAGAGGUCGAAAAAAUUAACGCAAAAAUGCACAGUGCAGUCAGAAAACAAUAAUUUUGAAUUUUCGAUUUUUCCAAAACACUAAAUCAACGGAACAUUGUUAAUUGGGAUUUAUGACAAGAUAGCUGUUAAAUUUUUUAUUGUCACCGGAACAUUGUUUUAGAGAGAUGUUUUCUAUUUGAUUGCACUGUGCAAAAUUUCCCUUUUUUGCACCGUGCGGUCUUAAAUUAAAAAUAUUUUUAGCUGAUUUGAAAUGUUUUAGGUGUCAGUUCCACCUCGUUAUGGCGUUCGUCCGGAUGGAGAUAACACUCGAGAUGCGGAGCUCCGCCAGAGAUACGACCUUCCUCGAGUCUCGGGCCUUAUUCGGCCGUUCCCAGAUCAAAGCACGGGCUCGUUAUAUCAGGGGCUCAGUAUUAAUGACGUCAAUUCGGAUGCAAUUCGAGGACAGAUCAUCAAUAUGUGUAAGUCUAAGCAAAAACUUGUAUAAUGAAGUCAUAUAAUUAUCUCCUUAUAUUAAAUAUGACAAAAAAUUUUUAGAUCGAGUUCCCGGAACCGGAGGUCCAGGAAGUCAGAAUACACAAGGAGUUUUGAAUCAGUUCAUGCCCACUGACAACAUGUUUGUAACGAGCAGGGAUGAAGACAAGAAGUUUGAGGUGUUCCCGGAGGUGUCCAUGAAGAACACUCCCAUCUACAAGGUGGCACCCAAAUAUGAAAAGUAGGAGCGUUUUAUUAUUUAGUUACCUUCUAUAGGUCACAAAGAUAAAUCCUAGAAAAUUGGAAAUUUUUAUCGCCUGAUUAAUUAAUUUUUUUCUCGAAUAUUAGACUUGGUGAUCUAAAAUAAUAUAAUUUUAGUGGAAUCUACAUGUUCCGAGGACGCACUGGCCAAGAUUUGAUUCAGCUGGUCCAACGAUGCCGAGAUCUGCAGAACAACCCUAAUUGUAAGCCAUUUUAUUAUGAUCUGCUCCUAAUAAUAACACGUUUUUCGUUUAUAAUGUCAUCAUUUUUAUACCGCACUUGAAAAAUUUUGAUUUUUUAGUGGUCAUGCAGCCUCUGCAAGGUCAGCUCACGGAACAAUAUGGCCGAGAGAAUUGUCCGGACAACCCAGCAGCCAUCAUCGCCGAGUGUGGCGACAGUGUUCCCUGUCUUCAUGAUUAUGUCUUGUUCAAUUCAAAGAUCCUCGGAUUGGAGCUUCAAGAUCAUUGGAAUACCUUCGAAUUGGAUCGAAAAGACACCCUCAGGCAUUGUGAGUAGACUCACAAAGUUUUUUUUGAUUUUGCAUGGCAUAACUGUCUUAUUUUUAUUGUAGAUAACAGCUGUGGCCCCAUCAAUAUUGAAUACCCCGAAUAUCUGAUGAAAUUCCCGGCGUUUGCCUCAGGCUAUUUGCAGGGCGAUGUGGUGAAGUUUGAGUGCUUUCAAAGUCAUUGGACCAAGGGGACUGAAGAGUUUAGAUGUAAGUUUCGUCGGUCUACUGUAAUAUAAUUCUUGUCUUUUACAAUACAAUCUGAUGUUUUGUUUAAUCUGAAAUUGCUGUCACUGAUGAAAGAACUCAUUUCCAGGCGAAUUAGUGGCGGAUUACAACAAUCCAACGUCCUACCGCUUCGAAUGGAACAAAGGAGAUCAGCCGUGGUGCAGGUCCAGGGAGAUGGAGAAUUACCUCAAAUACUUGACUGCCUUCCUCUCUAUUGUCGGAAUUAUUAUUGUAGGUUAUUAUUAGGAGCUUUGGAAGUGUACUAGUUGAAGAUUAGAACAAUUUAUGGCGGCAUUUUAGGUGAUAAUCAUGAUUUUCUUCUACUUUUGGAAUCUCGGCCAAAGAAGGCGGGGAUUAAUCAACAGCGACAAAGAGCCAGUGGAUUUACAGACAUUCUCACCCACCAUGAACAGGAGAUACGACAAUGAAGUGAGUUUUGCGUCAAUCGAAUUUUUAUAUUAUACUUAUCGAGUAUAAUUUAAUAAAAAUUUUACUUGCGAACUUAUCCUCGUAUUUUAGGCAUUCAACGAAGCCGAGAAAACGGAGCCUCCGGUUUUCAUCGAAUCCCCUGAAGGCCUCAGAAGACGCCAUUCCCCGGUCCCUCAAACCCUGAUGGGACUCAACACAAGUGUCUGA